AUGCUUAAGUGUGGACUAUUUAGAGGAAUUCCUAAGGGUGCCUUGACUCCUGGGUUACAGGCAAGAUUGCCAGUCACAAGAGUGCCGGGUGCAAGCUUGCAAGCCGUGAAGUUUUAUUCCACACCAGCCAGAGCCAGAAGGAACGACAAUAAACCUAAAUUCAGAUACUUGGUUUACACGUUUCUCUUUUCAUCUGCAUGUUUAGUCUUUGUUGCUCUGCAAGUUGACAAGAAGCCACCACCGAAAACUAACUUUUCAGAGAAGGAAUUCCAGGAAUAUGAAGAUACUACCCACUUGAAAAGACGUCACAAGAUUGUACAUGACAGCGAGAAGAACAAGGUUGAAUUUUUCGUUAUUCCAUACUCGCAUGAAACGUUAACAGAAGAGCAAAUCUCUAAAAGAUUGAAGAGCUCUGGCGUGGAUAACGGUCAAGUGAAGGUUAUUGAUCCUCAACAGUUGAUUGAUGCAGAGAUCAAGGACACUUCCAAGAAAUUCCUGUACCUCUUACAAGACUUGAACGUCACAGGCAAGCCAUACCCCAAAGGAUUAGUGACUGCUUUGAUUAAGGAAAAUGUAAGGGAAUACUUGGAAAAGACUAACAAUGACGAAAACGUUGUGAAAACAUCAUUUUUCAUUACCAAUUACCCCAAGAACACGGACGAGGCAAUCAAAUUUGAAAAUGAUGUCGGCGACAUCAAAAAGUGCGUGGUUUUGCACUAUGAUAUGUUGAAUGAGUUGCCUAAAUUGGGGAGUGAAUACUCUCAGCUUGUAAAUAACGUGGUUGGGUACUUCGAUACCGUCGGAAAGGCAGCAACUGUGAUCACCAAAUGGGACGAAAUGGACUCAAAGUUUGAAGAAAUCGUUCUCAAAGACAUAUAG